UUGACCUGGCGCUUCCGGCGCAUUUGCUGCGGCUGCUGCUGCUGUUGCUUUGGCGCAUUGCACAGGUGUUUCCUACAGGCGACACAGCUGCUUUGCGUUCCGGGGGACACGCCUCAGUCAUCACGUGGUCGGGGCGACACAAGGUAUCACGUCCGCACCGCGUCGGCACUCCAUCGCCGAGCUGCAGUGGUUCGCAGUAUUUGUUGAAGCCCUCAAAGGCACUCCAAGAUAACACACAGUCAUAGCUCUCACUCUGUUCGAACAUCGGGACUACCGCAAGCUGCAGUACGCAGUGGCGCUGACCUGCGAUAAAGUUCUUGAAGUGGCACCUGCUUUUGUUUGUGCUCAGGGUAGUAUAGAGCACAGCACAGCGUUUCCGCAUCGACAACAGGCUUUCCCACUUGAUUUCUGUGGACGAUACACUUGAAACUGCUUCACACUGCUAUAAGGACUCGUGCCAAAAGCAUCGUGCUGACGGCGUCGUGCUUUGAAUUUCCUUGGCUUUAAAGGCUGUAACGGCACGACUUCUCUUAUUACAAGUUCCUCGUGUUUUAGCAUUUCUCGGCGCUUUUCCCUGCGACUUUUCGAGAAGCGGCAGUCGUGACUGCGGUGCUCAAGAAGUCACCUGUGAUGGUUGAGUGGACAAGUGUGUGCCAAGGCAAGCGAGAGCUUGUGGCAGAGGUGUCGUUUGCCGUCACAUCCGAUGCCGGCUUACCUUCGCCGUAGUUAAAGCGAUCGCCCUCUACAGCGUGAAACUUACAAAGUGAUAAUGGAUUACAUUUUGUGUGUGUGUGUGUGUAGCACCGAAUUAUCAGUAGAAUGGUAGAACGGCGAUGAAUAUACCGGCUGAAAGACGUGGUCUUCUCUCUGGUCAUAGCUGCUACUUCACGACUGCGCUCAGUGUUCCAAGAGCCGUAAACCAAAGGUUCGGCGUGCCGCAAGAUGACUCGAACUCGGGAUUCCGUUUCAAGAGAGCGGUCAUCGUUACUGAGCCAUGACGUGACCUACCAGACAGGGCGCCAACCAUGAGUGUGCUCGAAGAGGCAUUCAAUGCCUCCAUGCUGCUCGUCACCACCCAAGCGCCCGGCAGCGGUACCACGUUCGACGACGCUAUCUCCGGAAACGGAAGUCUCGCCAACGGAAGCACAAACGCCACCAACGACAGCGGUGCCACCACUGACGGCUACCCCGCCACGCCUUACUCCCUAGCCGAGAUCGUGGUGCUCGCCUCUCUGUCCACACUGGCCGCCGUCCUCACCAUCAUCGGCAACCUGAUGGUCAUGGUCUCGUUCAACAUGGACAAGCAGCUGCGGACCAUCAGCAACUACUUCCUGCUCAGCCUCGCCGUCGCCGACUUCUCUAUCGGGGUCAUCUCGAUGCCCCUCAUGACCAUGUACAUCCUGUACGCCUACUGGCCCAUAGGGACAGUGGCGUGCGACACCUGGCUCGCCUUCGACUACAUGAACAGCAACGCGUCGGUGCUCAACCUGCUCGUCAUCUGCUUUGACCGGUACUUUUCGGUGACGCGGCCGCUGACGUACCGGGCCAACAGGACGCCACAGAAAGCAGCCAUCAUGAUAGCCUUAGCAUGGAUCAUAUCCUUCCUGCUGUGGCCGCCCUGGGUGUUCGCUUGGCCGUACAUAGAGGGCCAGCGUACCGUCCCAGAAGAGCACUGCUACAUCCAGUUCCUGGAGACCAACGUCUACAUCACUUUCGGCACGGCCAUCGCCGCUUUCUACCUGCCCGUCUCGGUAAUGUGCGCGCUCUACUGGCGCAUAUGGCGCGAGACGGAGAAGCGCAAAAAGGACUUCGGAAAACUUCAGGAAGAUCGUAAGGCUGCCAGCAGCACGCGGAAGUCCACGUCGAGCAACGGUACACUCGAUUCAGAGGACUUCCGCAGCGGCGACUCCUGCAAAUCGCGGACGAAGACGUCCCGACUGGCCUCUUCCCUCAGCCUCACGAGGUCGCUUCCCGAGGAGUCCAGGACGCGCCAACUUCGCGAUUUCCUGCUGUCCUUGCUUCGCGUCAAAAACGGCAAACGAUACGACGACGACGCAAGCUAUUCAGGCUCGCCCGGUACCCACACACCGCCCUCGGUCGAAACGUCGGUGGAGUCCAUUUCCACGUCGUUCCACGAGGAGCACCACGUCGAGUUCAACCCGUCCGGGAGCGAUGGAGGCGGUGACGAUAGCGGUGUUUCAAACAUUCCAACGUCCGACCGCGGCGGUCUUCCGUGCCACGGGAAGGCGGAGGAUGCCACAGAUGCCUUGCCUCCGACGUCGCAGUCGUCUGAUUCCGUCUACACGAUACCGAUCGAACCAGUGACGCAGCCAUCUCUACAAGAAGAGCCGCCCGAGGCCUGCGCCAAGACCAACGUCGAGGAGGACACCGAGAAGCCCGACCCCAGCAAAAUGCCGUCUUCAGAAAACGUGGCGGCACCUGCGGGUGAGGGCUUAGCGACAGCCAAACAGGUAGCAGACACCGGCUUGGAAUCCAUUAGGAAACCGCUCACGACCAGUGCGGCCCAACGUCAGCCGGCGGUCGCCAAACAGCUCCCCGUUCCAAGCAGGAAGAAGGCGAAGCAGCAGGACAAGAAGCAAGACCAGAAAGCUGCCAAGACGCUCAGCGCCAUCCUGCUGGCCUUCAUCAUCACUUGGACGCCGUACAACGUCCUGGUGCUCGUCAAGACGGUGACUUCCGGUGACGACGUGAUUCCGGUGCACCUGUGGAACUUUGCCUACUACUUCUGCUACAUCAACAGCACGGUGAACCCCUUGUGUUAUGCGCUCUGCAACGUCAACUUCCGUCAGACGUAUAUUCGCAUUCUGACUUGCAAGUGGCGCAACAGGCGGCGAGUUGCUGCCCGCCGACACUUCAGCUGAACAGUGCUCAAACUCUCGUGGAACUGGACAACACACAACAUGACGCCUCGUCAUAUCAAACUGCCCUUUAGUAUUCUUGUGCUUGUGAAAGCUGCGACCUCAGUGUCAUUUUCCGGGCAUUACCACUGCUACCACUCUGUGGACUUUCGAACAAAACUGACUAGCACUUCUCAAGUCCGCAUUGGCUGAUGAACUUCUUGCGCAGACACUACUGCCAUGCUUUCAAGUGCAAGAUAUCUUAAUGUACUGUGAGCCGAAGGCUGGUCCUUGGUGGCUUGGACAGAGCGUGAUAUCGUCCAUCGGAGGGAGUCCUCAAACACCAUGACGGACGAGUACAGUGUUUCGAGCAACCUAUGCGCUUACGUGCCUGUUUUGUGAUGCUGUGAUAAGUGUGUUUGCUUUAGUGCUUCCUGCACUUCUUUACAUUAUGUGACUCUUUGCUCAGAGGCUUUUUGCAUAGGAGUAUAUCAACAAGCCCCACGAUGGACAUUGUUUCCCCUGAGGCAACAUCAGGCGAACUGUGUGUGUGUGUGUGUUGAAGAUAUGUUUGUCCCCGUGAUUCAUUGAAAGACAGGUAGACUGAUACAGAGGAAAUGCGAUUAGUACACCCUAGUGAAAAAGACAGUGCUGGUACUCCAUAUUUCAGGAGGCAUUGUUUGUCCACGUUUGCUUUCAUUUACGAAAGUUCUCGUACCUGAGUGAACAAAGGUUACCCUGCAUGUCAAAAAAAAGGACUGGAAGUACACUGUCGAAGAGUACAAGAACUCCCUAUUGGGCCUCAACAUCGCAGGCACAUUUUUUUCUUGCAACGUUCACAGCAGGAGUUCCCAUGACUUCGUUUGCUCA